GCCACAGCAAAAGUGCUUUACCCAAGAUGAAGUGCUUGGCGUUUGUGCUCCUGGCGGCUGCCGUUUGCGCUUCCGAAAUCGAGAAGCGAGAGGCGGAGCCCAGCGUAGUUUAUCAUUCCGGCUACACAACUUCAGUCCAUCUACCGACCUACGGACCAUCCCUCCCUACUCAUCACCACAAGAGAUCAGCAGAUGCUGAGCCUUCCAGUCCUUAUGGCGUCAGGACCAUCUCCCACACUCCUGUUUAUGGUGGAUAUGGACACAACGUUCAUACACUCCACAAAAGGGCUGCUGACGCUGAAGCUUCUCGACUUUACUCUCACAGAAGCUAUUCUUCCAUCCCCGUAGCCCACGGAGGAUACCAUGGUCACCGGUUCCACAAGAGGUCUGCUGAGCCCGAAGCUGAGGCUGAGGCUUCUCGUGGUUAUCUCCCUUAUCAUCCAUACACUCCAGUUGCACCUUACGGCCGACACAUCUACAAGAGGUCUGCUGAACCGGAGGCCGAGGCUGAGGCUUCUCGUGGUUAUCUCCCUUAUCAUCCAUACACUCCAGUUGCACCUUACGGCCGACACAUCUACAAGAGGUCUGCUGAACCAGAAGCUGAAGCUGAGGCUUCUCACGGUUAUCUCCCUUAUCAUCCAUACACUCCAGUUGCACCUUACGGCCGACACAUCUACAAGAGGUCUGCUGAGCCAGAAGCUGAGACUGAGGCUUCUCACGGUUAUCUCCCUGCUUACAUUCCCUACACUCCUGUGCAAACUUCAUACAGCCGACACCUCUACAAGAGGUCUGCUGAGCCUGAGGCAGAGCCAUCUUACCUAUACGCUCCUGUCUCUUACGCACAUACUUCUGUUUAUCGUCCUGCUUCUGUUUAUCGUUCCCUCUAUUACUGAGCCGGUACAUAAUGGACAAUUAUGCCAAACAGGAGCCAUAGUGUGUCAUCUAAUUAAUUCCACCGGAAAAGAUCAAUAAAUCUUCACG